UUCUAAUAAAAUGGAGUAAUUUGAAUAACAAAAUGAGAAUGAAAACUAAGAAGAAGGUAGUGGAAGAGUCAAAAAGAGAAUAAAGAAAGGUUAAGCAAAGAAAAAAGUGUUAAAUGAAUAGCCUCCUGAAUUUUGUAGUAUCUGCUAUGGAGAAAUAAUUGAUAAAGUAACUCGAUUUUCUUAAAAUGAUAGGGUAUUAUUCAGACAUGUAAGCAUACCUUUUGUUUUAAAUGCUUAGAGGUAUGGGCGAAACAAAAGUAAACUUGUCCUUAGUGUAGAACGGAUUUUAAUUAGGUUCAAAGAGUGUGGAAAUAAGGUAGAGUAAGACGAUAAAAAUUGUAUAAUUAUCGAUCUAAUGAUUUCAACUUUUAAGAUCUAAUUUCUCCUAAUUCUAUCAUUCAUUAAUUUUAAAUCUAACAUUUUUUCACUAGAAUGUCUUUUGAAGGCUGAAGAAAUUGAUCUAAAUCAUUUGGGGAUUCAGACUGAC